GGCUGAAGGGAUCACUUUUUGAAGUUUAUCUUUUCUUGGAUUAAGCUGAACAUUUGUCCUUCUCUUUGCCAUGAUCCAGUGCUACGGGACGCGUCUCGGAUCAUUCCUUGCAAUCACAAUAUUGUUUCUAUUCAGAGAGGUCAAAGGAAAUUUUGAGCUAACCAAAGCUAAAUGGCUUGAGUAUAAAGAUGAAUGUUUGAAGAGACUACAAGAAUCUAAAAUUAGUACAGGAAUAUAUUGUAAUGGAAGUUUUGAUCAGUUUGCUUGCUGGCCUCAUUCACCACCAGGAAAUGUCUCAGUUGCUUGUCCAUCUUAUUUACCAUGGCUUAAAAAUGGAAGCUCAAGGAACAUAUACAGAGUCUGCUUGGACCAAGGGAUUUGGCAAAAGAUCGAAAAUACAACAGAGGUUUGGAGUGAUCGCUCGGAAUGCCUUGAGAAUCAUUUCAAAGUAAAACCAGAAGACCUUACAUUGUUUAUGGUGUUUGAAAAACUUUCUACUGUGGGAUAUUCUAUUUCUCUUGUUUCCCUUGUCUUAGCACUCUUCAUUCUGCUGUUAUUUAGGAAACUGCAUUGCACGAGAAACUACAUCCAUAUGAAUCUCUUUGCUUCGUUUAUCCUCCGAGCUGCAGGAGUUCUAAUAAAAGACAGCAUAACACGCAGUACUUACAAGUUUCUUUCUUCAGAGUCAGAAAGGCCAGCUGAUGAAAGUGGAUGGAUUUCUUCCUUGAGUCCAGAGAAACUAGCUUUAUGCAAGAUGGGCCCUCUUUUUAUGCAAUAUGUUGUUGGAGCAAAUUCUUACUGGCUUUUAGUAGAAGGAAUUUACCUCUACAGGUUAUUAGUAGCAACUGUGCUGUUUGAGAAACAUCAGCUGCUGAGAUACAUCUUCAUUGGAUGGGGUUCUCCAAUUUUGUUUGUAGCUCCUUGGGGAAUACUAAAAUACCAAUUGGAGCAUAACGUAUGCUGGUCAACAAAUGAGAACAUGAUAGUCUGGUGGAUCAUUCGAGGACCCAUAUUAUUUUCCAUUGUUGUUAAUUUCUGCAUUUUCCUGAACAUUCUGAAACUGUUACUUUCCAAACUUAAAGCUCAGCAGAUGACUUUUCGUGACUAUAAGUUCAGGUUGGCGAGGUCAACCCUUGUAUUAAUACCUUUACUUGGAAUUCAUGAGAUUAUUUUUAGUUUCAUCAUGGAUGAUCAUGUUGAAGGAUUCUCCAGGAAUGUCAAAACCUUCAUCCAGCUAACCAUUGGCUCUUUCCAUGGUUUUCUCGUAGCACUUUUAUAUUGCUUUUAUAAUGGCGAGGUAAAGGCUGAAUUACGCAAGCAGUGGUCUCGUUUCUUGCUAGCAGACCCCUUUGUCUAUAUGCCCUGCUUUCUUGGAAAGAACAUCAAGCACCUAAGGAAAUGUCCAAACAAGCAGCAUUUGGGCAAUAACGAUCCCUCCCUUGAGGUGAUGCAGCCUCCCAAGAAGCAGGCGGCCAAGGUGAGAACAUGCUGCAAUGCGGAACGAGGCCCCACAGCAAGACACAACCUCAGAGCAAGCGUUUCUGACAGCAGCGAGGAAGAAAUUGCCAAUGGGGAGACCAUUGAAGAAGCUCUGGAGGAAAACGAGGGUUAGGACUUUAAGAGAAAAGUAAAUUUGUUGGGAUCUAUCUUUUGGA